AUGGCGGUUUCACGCGACUCGUUGACCACACGAACCUUUGACAUCGGUCGUCAGCGACUCUGGGUCGUCUUCAUGAAUGCUAAGGGUGCCCCACGGAGGGCCAUGUAUUGGGUCAAUACAGGUGCCGGCAUUUCGACUCGCCAGGCACAGGAGGCUCUGAAAAGCAUCGACACUUUCAAGGAGGUCGACUCCAAGAUCGCCUCUGAGCUGACGUCUGCGGAAGGUUCUGCAAACACUAUCCACGACGCUCUUCGAGAGCGCAUCAUAAGCAUCGUCAAUCACCACCCCUUGACAACGGAGAACCGUCCAACCGUCAUAGAUGUUUUCCUCUUCCCAACGGGUAUGGCCGCAAUCUAUCGAAUCCACAGAUACAUUCUAGCCAAGUAUCAGCCUAUCAGGGCGAGCUGUUGA